CAUUUAAUUAUUAUCAUUAUUUUCUUGAUGCUUUUAUUUCAAUUGUCUUUUGCAUACAAAUAUUACUUAAAACAUUACUAAUUAUUUUCAAAAAAAUGAAAAACGGAAAAUCUCCGAAGACAAUAAAUAUAAUCCUAUAAAGGAAAGCACCCUUUGUUAAUUAUUAUCCUUAGAUCUCAACUGAACCCUCGAGGAAAAGGGCAAAAAAAAAAAAAAAAAAAAACUAAGAAACAAAAAAGAAAAGAGCACGUCAUGUCACCUUGUGUACAAAUUUCAUUUUCUCCGCAAAAACUAUAAGGAUUUAAUUUGAUUUAACUUUUCUUAAUUUCGCUUUUUUUUUUAAGAUACAAUACAAUAAAAUUCAUAAAUGAUUAUAAAUAUAAAUAAAAUUUAUUUUUCCCUCCUUGAAUCUUCUUCAGAGAAAAAAGGAAACUCCAUCUCUCUCUUUCUGUGUGUCUGUCUCUUUCAUGCCCAAAUUUUUAGCAAGAAAUGAGAUAGACGAUCUACAUCUUCUAAACCCUUUUUCUUUUAGUUUUCUUUUUCAUUCUUUCUCUCUUUGAAAACAUCCACUCUUUCUCUCUCUAGAAUGGAGAAUAAUGAUGUAUCCGAAGAUCUCUCUGAUUUAACUCAUCGGCAACCUGACUCCGACAACAAUGACCAGCGACUCUAUUUUGUUCCUUACAGGUGGUGGAAGGAUGCGCAAGAUUCAACAAUAUCGAGUGAAUCUGAUGGGAAGAGAGGGGUCCUCUAUAUGGGGACUUCAGGUUCUUCUUAUGCAGGUCCUAUGAAGCUUAUCAACAACAUUUUUAACUCGGAUCUUGUAUUGAAUUUGAGGAGAGAAGAGGAAUCUUUGCCGAAUGGUGAGAAUGGUGAAGUUGGUGUUUCUGGGCGAGACUAUGCAUUGGUCUCCGGAGAAAUGUGGUUGAAGGCACUCAAAUGGCAUAGUGAUGCUAAAGUUGCAUCCAAGUCUAGCAAAACAUUUUCUGCUGCAGAAGAUGAUAUGUCAGAUGUCUAUCCCCUGCAAUUGAGGCUUUCUGUGUUGCGGGAAGUGAAUUCCUUAGGUGUUAAAAUUAGCAAGAAGGAAAAUGCAACUGAGCUUUUCAGAAGAGCCUGCAAGAUUUUCAGUGUUGAUUCUGAGAUGCUACGCAUAUGGGACUUUUCAGGGCAAACAACCCUUUUUUUUGUAAAUGACAAAAGUAAAUCACCAAAAGAAUCUCAGCGGCAAUUAGAUCAGGAGAUCGUUUUGGAGUUACAAGUUUAUGGAUUGUCGGAUAACAUGAAAUGCAGAGAUGGGAAAAAGGAUGAUGCUGUUGCACAAAAUUGUAAUGGAACACAUUCUUCUGGAACUUCACUUAUGAAUGGUAGUGUCAGCAAUACUAGCACCAGUUUUUUCCGUUGUGAUUCUUCAGCCUUGUUUGGAAAAUCUGGAGAAGCUGGCUCUUUGGGAUUGACAGGACUACAGAAUCUUGGAAAUACUUGCUUUAUGAACAGUGCCAUUCAGUGCCUAGCACACACACCAAAGCUUGUUGAUUAUUUUCUUGGAGAUUAUGGCAGGGAAAUAAAUCAUGACAACCCAUUGGGCAUGGAUGGUGAGAUUGCAUUAGCUUUUGGGGAUCUAUUGAGGAAAUUAUGGGCUCCUGGAGCAACUCCAGUGGCACCUAGAACGUUCAAGUCAAAGCUUGCUCGAUUUGCUCCUCAAUUCAGCGGAUUUAAUCAACAUGAUUCUCAGGAACUCCUUGCCUUCUUGUUGGAUGGACUUCAUGAGGAUCUCAAUCGUGUAAAAUCAAAGCCUUAUGUAGAAGCCAAGGAUGGAGAGGGUAGAUUGGACGAAGAAGUUGCUGAUGAAUAUUGGCAGAAUCAUGUGGCUCGCAAUGACUCAAUUAUUGUUGAUAUCUGCCAAGGUCAAUAUAAAUCAACAUUAGUCUGUCCUAUUUGCAAGAAGGUGUCAGUUACAUUUGAUCCAUUCAUGUACUUGUCUCUACCUCUACCUUCAACAAAUAUACGGACUAUGACUUUGACAGUUGUGAGUACUGAUGGAAGUAGCCAGCCAUCUUCAUUUACCAUUUCUGUACCCAAGUAUGGAAAAUGUGAAGAUCUUACCCAGGCUUUAAGCAAAGCAUGUUCUUUGGGGAUUGAUGAGAUGCUCUUGGUGGCAGAGGUAUACAAUAACCGCAUUAUACGAUAUCUAGAGGAGCCAUCUGAUUCUUUAUCAUUAAUUAGAGAUGGUGAUCGUCUGGUUGCUUAUCGAUUAAAGAAAGAAUUAGACAAUAUUCCUUUAGUUGUAUUUAUGCAUCAGCAUAUGGAGGAGCAGUAUGUCCAUGGAAAACAAACUUCAAGUUGGAAGGCAUUUGGGAUUCCUCUUGUAGGACCGGUCCACAGUCUUGUCAAUGGAUCUGACAUCCAUAAUUUGUAUCUAAAGCUGCUUAGUCCAUUUCAUAUACCUGCUGAUGAUGGCAUGUAUAGUUGUAAUAACACUACUAGUACUGCAAAGGAAGAAAUUACAGAAAAGGAUAAUGGUUGUUCUGCUUCGCACGGAAAUGCAAACCCCUCUAUUGUAGAAGAGGCCACUAACUCAUCUUCAUAUUCUGAACUACAGUUUUAUAUAACAGAUGAGAAGGGAAUAGUUCAGGACUUGAAGAUAGGUAUAAAUGAGCCUGUACCAGUUACAGGAGUGCCAAAACGGUUUAAUGUUCUUGUAUGUUGGACAGAAAAACAAAUUGAACAAUAUGAUACUCGCUUGCUUAGCUCAUUACCUGAGGUUUUCAAGUCUGGCUUUCUUGCAAAGAGACCUCAGGAAUCUGUUUCUCUGUACAAGUGUCUUGAAGCAUUUUUAAAGGAAGAACCUCUUGGACCAGAUGACAUGUGGUUCUGUCCAAGCUGCAAAAAGCACCGUCAAGCCAGUAAAAAAUUAGAUCUUUGGAGACUGCCAGAGAUUCUGGUUAUUCAUUUAAAGAGGUUCUCUUAUACCCGUUUUAUGAAGAACAAGCUUGAGGCUUAUGUUGACUUCCCUGUUGAUGAUCUUGAUUUGUCAGCUUACAUUUCCUACAAGAAUGGUCAAUUAUCUCAUCGCUAUAUGCUUUAUGCUGUCAGUAAUCACUAUGGAAGCAUGGGAGGUGGUCAUUACACAGCAUUUGUCCAUCAUGGGGCUGGCAGGUGGUAUGACUUUGAUGAUAGCCUAGUUCAUCCAAUCAGCCAGGACAAGAUAAAGACUUCGGCUGCUUAUGUGCUUUUCUACAGAAGAGUUGUAGAAGUUUAACUUUGGAGUAGAGUUACCAGUAGUUGAGAAUCAUAUGGAAGCUAAAUGGUUAGUGAAUUUUUUAACAUUUUUUUUCUGUUCGUCGUACGAGUAUUGUCUGAGAGGGUAGCAUUCUUUUGUUCUUGCAUUGUUUAGUUCAAAUUUAUUAGAAUUUCCAGCACGGAUGGAAGGGAAUGGGGAUUAUAAGGUUGAAAUAGGUGCAGGAGAUGAUUGUAUCAUAGAAACAACUUAAGAAAGUGAAAGAUACCAAAACAAAUCUUUCUUAUACCUGUAACCAUUAGUGAGAGAAGUUUUGCAGAGGGGUUACUUUGAAACCCUAACACACUGUAGUUCUUGCUUACUCGUGUAAUUCUUGUACAACUAAUGAUUGGAAAUAUCAAAAUUAUUUGAUAGGAAA